CCUUGAGAAAGAAUGAGCAUAUCUGUAAAUGGGCAAUCUCAAGUGCCACCUGGAUUCCGUUUUCAUCCCACAGAAGAGGAACUAUUGCAAUAUUAUCUUAGAAAGAAGGUUGGCAACGAAAAGAUUGAUUUAGAUGUCAUUUUGGAUGUUGAUCUCAAUAGGCUCGAGCCUUGGGACAUACAAGAGAAAUGUAGAAUAGGGACAACCCCACAAAACGAUUGGUAUUUUUUUAGCCACAAGGAUAAAAAAUAUCCCACGGGAACCCGAACCAACCGAGCCACCACUGCUGGAUUUUGGAAAGCAACCGGUCGUGACAAGGUUAUUUAUACUAGCAUUGCUCGGAUAGGAAUGAGGAAGACCUUGGUUUUCUAUACAGGUCGUGCCCCUCAUGGCAACAAGUCCAAUUGGAUCAUGCAUGAAUAUCGACUCGAUGAUAACCCUAAUUUACAUGAUCAAUCUUCGGGGCAACAAGAAGAAGGAUGGGUUAUUUGUCGAAUUUUUAAGAAGAAAAAUUACCAUAAAACACCGGACGGUCCCAACAUCACAAAUUGUGCUCAUCGAAGACAUGUCAAAUACCCACUAGAUCAAGAUCUCUUGAGCUCGUCGAGCGAAGAAGGUACUUUGGAAAAUGGUCGCGCUAAUAAUAAUAAUGCGAUAUCGCUCAUGAUGAGUAUCAACAAUAACCGGAUUAUCCAAACUUAUGAUAACUCAAGGUUUAUUAAGCUUCCCGGGCUUGACACUACCAACUUCGCAAUGAAUAAUGAAGAAAUGAACGUGGUUGGGAACUCAUCUUCGACAAUUUAUCAUAACAAUGAUUGGGCAACAUUUGUAGACGGAAUGGUGACUUCUCAACAUAAUUAUGGCCAAAUAAGUGGUGAUUUUUUCUCUUCUAACAUCAACAUUAAUCAUCAAUUUUUGCCAUCUCUAGCAAUGGAUCCGACUAUGCCUUUUCCCCUCAAGCCUACCGACGAACAAGAUGAAAUGUUAGACCUAUGGAGCUUUCCCAACUCGUCCUCUCAUGGUACACAUUAUGUGAAAAGUGGAUAA